CGCGAAAAUAGCACUCUCUCUGUUUCGGCAUUUUUGUCCACCUGACGAGACUGAGAGAAAUCACCGACAGAAGAAAAUCUGAACCCUCAGAAUCUAUCUUCACGAAGAAGAAAAUUCCCAUGUGAUCAAUCAUGAAAAGCUCCCCUUUUUACCACCGAAUUCUUGCCACGGACAUCCAUGGCGGAUUUCGUCAUUUCACCAGCUUCGUGCUUUCUGCGUCGUUCCUUCUGAGAUUUCGUCGCUGACCCAUUUCCGUUUCAAGGAAUUGAUUUAAGUGUGACAAUGGCUACAAAAACAAAAACGAAAGCUAAUGCGGAGAUUGGUGAUGAAGGAGAGGACUUGGUUUUGGCAACAAUGGUUGCCAAUGGAGAUGAUAUUAGUCCUCUUGUCCGGCAUGCCUUCGAAAUGGGGAGGCCGGAGGGCCUCCUUCGCCAACUGAAUUAUGUGGUGAAGAAGAAAGAAGCAGAAAUAGAAGACAUGUGCAAGACACACUAUGAAGAAUUCAUCAAGGCUGUUGACGAACUUCGAGGUGUGUUGGUGGAUGCUGAAGAGCUCAAAAGCGAUCUCCAAAGUGGCAAUUUCAAGUUGCAGCAGGUUGGUACCAACCUUCUUGUCAACCUUGAGGAGCUUUUUGAAUCCUAUUCGAUCAAGCAGAACGUGACAGAGGCUAUAAUAAUGUCAAAGAACUGUAUAGAAGUGUUGGAGCUUUGUGUCAAGUGCAAUAAUCAUAUCACAGACGGGCAAUUUUAUCCUGCAAUUAAAACUCUGGAUUUGAUUCAGAGGAGUUACAUGAAGAACAUUCCUGCUAGGGCUCUCAAACUGGUUAUAGAGAAAAGAAUUCCUAUCAUUAAAUGGCACAUUGAGAAGAGAGUAAACAGUCAGGUUAACGAAUGGAUGGUCCACAUACGGAGUUCUUGUAAAAACAUUGGACAAACAGCAAUCAGCCGUGCGGUUUCAGAUCGUCAGAGAGACGAGGAACUGAUGGAGAGGCAGAGAAAGGCAGAGGAUCAAAAUGUUGUGGGGGUUGAGGAGAGAGUUUACACUUUGGAUGUUGACGAAGAUGAUGAAGAUUCUGCCAUGAAGUUUGACCUCACGCCUCUUUACCGUGCUUGUCACAUUUAUGGUUGUUUGGGGAUUCUUGAGCAGUUUCAUGUAUACUACUUCACGAAUAGAUCGGCACAAUUGAAAUCGGAUUUGGAGAUAUCUUCGUCACAAUCUUUUGUUGAAUCAUACCAAACGUUUUUGGCUCAGAUUGUUGGGUACUUCAUAGUGGAGGAUAGGGUCCUUAGAACUGGUGGGGGACUUCUGGUCCCAGAUCAAGUCGAUAACAUGUGGGAAACUGCUAUAACUAGAUUGACUUUGCUGUUAAAUGCCCAAUUUUCCCAAAUGAAAUCUGCCACCAACCAUCUCAAGGUUAAGGAAUACGUCACUCUUCUUUCGUGGUCUCUCCUGCAAUAUGGUUAUGAUAUAGAAUCUCUUCUUGAUGUGGUUGAUAACAAUCGCGACAAAUUUCAUCUGCUUCUUAUGGCUGAAUGCAGAGAACAAACAAUUGAGGCUCUGAAUCAUGAUACAUAUGAGCUGAUGGUGAUAAAAAAGGAAAGUGAUUAUGAGAGUAAUGUUUUGUCAUUUGGUCUCCAAACUACAGACAUCAUGCCUGCUUUCCCCUAUGUUGCACCAUUCUCCUCCAUGGUACCCGAGAUGUGUCAAAUUGUGAAAUCCUUCAUCAAAAGUUGUGUUGAUUACUUGUCUUAUGGUGCGCGCGACUAUUUCUUUGAUGUCGUGAUCAGGUACUUGAACAACUUUCUGAUUGAAGUAAUAAAUGAAACAUUACUCAAUACAAUCAAUAGCAGCAAUAUCAGUGUUUCCCAUGCCAUGCAGAUAGCUGCUAACUUUACUAGUCUGGAAAGAGCUUGUGAUUUUUUCCUUAAGAAUGCGGCGCAACAAAGUGGCAUCCCACUCCGUUUUAUUGAGAAGUCUCAAAUGACUUUAUCUGCGAAAGCAGUACUGCAGACUUCUAGAGACGCCACCUACAUUACUCUACUCGGUUUGGUAAACGCAAAAAUAGACGAGUAUAUGAAUCUUACAGAAAGUGUUACUUUAUGGACUACAGAGGAGACUAAGCAGAAUGGAAAUGAAUACAUAAGUGAAUUGAUCUUGUACCUUGAUUCUCUUAUGUCGACGGCGCAACAAGUUCUUCCUUUGGAUGCCAUGUACAAAGUUGGGAUUGGUGCUCUUGAGCAUAUUAACAAUACCAUUAUCUCUGCUUUCCUUAGCGAUAGUGUUAAAAGGUUUAAUGCGACGUCUGUCAUGAAUAUCGGCGUUGAUCUCAAGUUGCUGGAGAAUUUUGCAGAUGAGAGGUUCUACUCUUCAGGGUUAGAAGGAAUGUACAAAGCAAGUAGUUUUAGAGAUUGCUUGGUAGAGUCAAAGCAAUUGAUUAAUCUUCUCUCAAGUAGUCAACCUGAGAACUUCAUGAAUCCUGUGAUAAGGGAGAAAAACUACUAUGCACUUGAUUAUAAGAAGGUGUCUACCAUUUGUGACAAAUUCAAGGAUACUGCAGAUGGUAUCUUUGGAAGCCUUUCAAACAAAAAUACAAAGCAAACUGCUAAAAAGAAAUCAAUGGAAGUGCUCAAAAAGAGACUUAAGGAUUUCAAUUGAAGAUUCUUCCUUCAUUUCAAAUAGGGUAUAGUUGUAGUGCACUUCUUUUUCUGGAAGCUCCCCACUUUAGAAUGA